AUGAAUAUAUACCAAUCGUCUGUCAUUCUAUCGCUUUAUUAUUACCAGUUUACAUCUAUCUAUCUAUCUAUCUAUCUAUCUAUCUAUCUAUCUAUCUAUCUAUCUAUCUAUCGCUCUCUCUCUCACUAUCUAUCUAUCUAUCUAUCUAUCUAUCUAUCUAUCUAUCGCUCUCUCUCUCACUAUCUAUAUAUAUCUCUCUCACUAUCUAUCUAUAAAUCUCAGCUUCUCAGCUUUGUUCAGAUUUCUUCACUUGAUUCCUUCAUUAUUUCCUUCUCCUUUGAUUUAUCUCUUUUUCUUUUUUCACUUGAUUUUUCAUUGUUAUUCUUACUUUUCAAUUUCCCCCUCCCAACUCCGGCUUCUUUCCAUUUUCUUCGUUUUAUAUUUCAUUUUUUUUCAUCACCAACUGAGAUUUCAUCCCGCUCUGUAGCUAAUCUCCCUUCGCCAUCUUCACAGUUCGUCUUUCUUUUUCCUUAUCUAUCUAUCUAUCUAUCUAUCUAUCUAUCUAUCAGUAAUAGAAUACGACGCAAGCGCUCAUACCAAAUGUACCAACUGUCCGGGUUCGAAUCUCGGUAG